CCGUGCAUGAUCUUAGGGAUUACUAAAUAAAUAUCGUGAGACCAAGGUUUUACAUCCAAUAAGGUUCCAAAAGAAUUGUCAAUUCCAGCAAGUAAAACCAAAUCUAUCGCUUUAUUUAAACAUUUCACCUAACUUUAGCUGCUUCCGAGGUCCACAUGUGCGUGAAAUUGCACCAAUAUAUAAAGGCAUUGGCGCUGUUUCUCUUGUGAUUACAACUAGCUCCUUAGUUCGAUAUCUUCUUGGAUUCCCUCGUCGCCUUCAUCGAUCCAUGGAAAUGGACAUGGGAAGCUCAACUUUCCAAUUCCCUCCAGGUUUUCGGUUCCAUCCAUCCGAUGAAGAACUCAUAAUUCAUUACUUGCAAAACAAAGUGAUUUCGCGUCCACUCCCAGCAUCUGUAAUUGCAGAAAUCGAUCUCUAUAAGUAUAAUCCAUGGGAUCUACCUAGUAAGGCACUGUUUGGAGAAGAAGAGUGGUACUUCUUCAGUCCAAGAGAUCGCAAGUACCCGAAAGGAGAGAGGCCAAACAGGGCUGCAGGUUCGGGUUAUUGGAAGGCAACUGGUACGGAUAAGCCUAUACUUACUUGCCGUGGAUCAAAGAGUAUUGGAGUGAAGAAGGCUCUCGUGUUUUACAUCGGUCGGCCUCCCAAAGGAGUCAAGACGGAUUGGAUUAUGACUGAAUACAGAAUGCUUGACACAGUUACUAAACCCUCCAGGUUCAAAGGCUCCAUGAGGUUGGAUGAGUGGGUACUUUGUCGAAUUCGGCAGAAAGGGAACAUGUUAAAAAGCACAAGUGACAUUCAAGGCAGUCAUAACUCAGAGAUUGUGGGAUCCGUACCAAACAUCGAGCAUGGCCAUGCACGCCCAUCAGAUACAGACUACUGCAAUGACAUGAUCAGAGAUUGCUUAAACAAAAAUUGCUGUGUAUUAGCUUCUCUACUAGCUGGUCAACCUAUACCUUCCAUGGAGGCCAUAUCAGGAGUUAGCUUUCAAGGAUGCAACAAUGCCAAUAGUUUCCCUAUGGCUUAUGGAGAGGGGGGUAAAGUGAACCCUCCCAUGGCAGUUUCUUCCUUGGAUUAUUAUUUUAACCCACUGGAAAGAAAGCCUGAUGAGGAAACAAGCUACGAAAUUAUCAAUCCAUUCAACAAGAAGCUGAACAGCAACGAUAGAGAGGAGGAUUAUAUACUAUGGCAGGCACUGACCGACAAAGAUGUGAACUUCAGUAGCAUCUACAAUCAUAGCUCUACAGAUCGCAUCAUCGAUUAUCAGGAGCUAAAAGAAUUGGCACUCACAGGAACACUUCACACAAGCAUAAUCUAAUACAGGUACCGCAUGCAGUAAGAUCACAAGGGUGAACAGCAUUAAGAUGUAGGUGACGCCAUGCUGGUGGAUCAGCCUUC